AUUGUUGGUCUGCCAUCCCAGCUGCUCGGCCAUGGCCCCCAAGAAAGCCAAGAAGAGAACAGCAGAGGGAGCCAACUCUAAUGUGUUCUCCAUGUUCGAGCAGGCCCAGAUUCAGGAGUUCAAAGAGGCCUUCACCAUCAUGGACCAGAACAGAGACGGCUUCAUCGACAAAAACGAUCUGAGGGACACUUUCGCUGCUCUGGGGCGUCUGAAUGUGAAACAGGAAGAGAUCGACGAAAUGCUCAAAGAAGCUCCCGGCCCGAUCAACUUCACUGUCUUCCUUACCAUGUUUGGAGAGAAACUGAAAGGCGCUGAUCCGGAGGAGACCAUCCUCAACGCGUUUAAGGUGUUUGACCCUGAAGGAAAGGGCGUGCUGAAGAAAGACUAUGUGACACAGAUGUUAACAACACAGGCCGACCGGUUCUCCGCUGAAGAGAUGGAGCAGAUGUUUACUGCCUUCCCCCCUGAUGUGGCAGGAAACCUGGACUACAAGAACCUGGUUCAUAUCAUUACUCACGGAGAGGAAAAGGACCAAGAGUGAACCGUUUUUUCAUUUAUGUUUUUGCCUAAUAGAAAGUCUGCCUCUUGAAGGAGAGCCGUGAACAAAAUACAAACUCAGCUCUUAUGUUGAUUUCAUAGUUUUUUUGCACAAUGAGACCGCGUCCGGAUCUUAACAUGUUAUUUUUAAGACUCUAAAAACAGACAAUUAGGUGAUUUAAUACAGCAUGCUCUCUUUCCCCUUUCUGUUUUAUCAGUUUAUAUUUCCACA